GUCCAGCCUAUAUAAAGCGACCUGGCGACCGUGGAACAUCUUGUUGACAAAUGCGAAGCGCAGCGCAGUUUGUAUGGUCUGUCUAAAUGUUGCAAAUCUGAAGAGCCGCCUGAGAGUGUAGUGGCGCUCCCGUUGUUGCACUCCCUACGGAGGCCAAAUCAAUACACAAAUUCUGAAUUCUCUGACCUAUACCUGUCCUCGCCGUCGGAUCCACCACUCCCUCGCCGGCGAUCUCGAUGCGGCCCGCCGUCCGAUCAGUCUCCUUCCUCGCCUUCGUCGCCUUGCUCGUCGUCUCGCCGGCGCGCGCUUCCGAGUCUGAUCACAAGUAUCAAUUGGAUGACCCUGUUACCCUUUGGGUAAACAAGGUUGGGCCAUAUAAUAAUCCACAAGAAACAUACAAUUAUUACAGCCUUCCUUUUUGUCAUCCUUCUGGAAAUGCCGCUCAUAAAUGGGGUGGCCUUGGCGAGGUCUUGGGUGGAAAUGAACUUAUUGAUAGUCAGCUGGACAUAAAGUUUCAAAAAAAUGUGGAUAGGAACCCCUAUUGUGAACUAGAACUCGAUGAAGUGAAGGUGAACCAAUUUAAGGAUGCCAUUGAGAGUAGUUAUUGGCUUGAAUUCUUCAUGGACGAUCUGCCAUUGUGGGGAUAUGUUGGCGAGGUGCAUCUUGACAAGAACAGUGACAACGAGAAAUAUAUGCUCUACACGCACAAGAACAUUACUAUUAAAUUCAACAAGGAUCGGAUUAUUCAAGUUCAUCUCAAUCACGAAAGUCCUAAACCACUGGAAGUAGGAAGAACAUUAGACAUGACAUAUUCUGUCAAAUGGAUUCCUACUGAUAUCACUUUUGCACGCCGAUUCAAUGUUUACCUCGACUAUCCCUUCUUUGAGCAUCAGAUACACUGGUUCUCUAUUUUUAAUUCAUUCAUGAUGGUCAUCUUCCUCACUGGUCUGGUGUCAAUGAUCCUAAUGCGAACUCUUAGAAAUGACUAUGCAAAAUAUGCUCGGGAAGAUGAUGAUCUGGAGACUUUGGAAAGAGAUGUAGGUGAAGAGUCUGGUUGGAAACUUGUACAUGGGGAUGUUUUCCGGCCGCCACGCAAUUUGGUUGUACUUUCAGCUGUUGUUGGAACAGGUGCUCAGCUGGCAUUGCUUGUUCUCAUUGUCAUCUUGGUUGCAAUUGUUGGCAUGUUGUACAUUGGGAGAGGAGCCAUAGUUACAACAUUCAUAGUAUGCUAUGCCUUUACAUCAUUCAUUUCGGGUUAUGUGAGUGGUGGGAUGUACUCGAGCAAUGGGGGUAAAAACUGGAUAAAAUCAAUGGUCUUCACUGCAUCACUUUUCCCAUUCACAUGCUUUGGGAUUGGUUUCAUUUUGAAUACAAUUGCCAUCUUUUAUGGGUCUCUAGCUGCUAUUCCUUUUGGCACAAUGGUGGUUGUUUUCGUCAUUUGGGCUUUCAUCUCUUUCCCUCUUGCACUUCUUGGUACUGUUGUAGGAAGAAAUUGGAGUGGUGCUCCAAACAAUCCAUGCCGUGUGAAGACCAUUCCUCGUCCAAUCCCAGAGAAGAAAUGGUACCUCACACCAUCUAUCGUUUCUAUGAUGGGAGGACUGCUCCCAUUUGGCAGCAUAUUCAUUGAGAUGUAUUUUGUCUUCACAUCCUUCUGGAACUACAAGGUGUAUUAUGUUUAUGGCUUUAUGUUGCUGGUUUUUCUGAUCCUCAUUAUUGUUACUGUUUGCGUUACAAUUGUGGGGGCAUAUUUCUUGUUAAAUGCCGAGAACUACCACUGGCAGUGGACUUCUUUCUUCUCUGCUGCCUCAACUGCUGCGUAUGUGUAUUUAUACUCGAUAUAUUACUACUACGUGAAGACAAAGAUGACAGGCUUCUUCCAGACUAGCUUCUACUUUGGAUACACAUUGAUGUUUUGCCUGGGUUUAGGAAUUCUUUGUGGAGCUGUUGGCUACUUGGGCUCCAAUUUGUUCAUAAGGAGGAUCUACCGAAACAUCAAGUGCGAUUAAGGGCUUUCUCAAGACUCGACGAACCUAAUGAUGGUAGUAGUAGUAGCCCACUUCCCUGUGGAAGUUGUUUUUGACGACUGAUCUCAAUGAGGAAGCCACUUGUCAUUGAUUGCUCCGGGAUGCCGCCAUUCCAUCCAGCCAGUUUCAUAUGGAAUUAUCCUAGCCCUAAUGUGCCAUGUAAUUCAUCUAGUUGGAGGAGAAAGCCCCCCAGAUUUUUAUUUUUUUUCCCUCUCUGGGCUGGCUGUAAGCUACCCUUUUUCUCUUUUACUUUUGGUCUAAAACUUAAACUUAGAACCCAGAGAUUGUUUCUAUAAUCUGAAAAUAUAACAUGAAACAAGAAGUCUUUUUUUAUUUAUUUUUUUGUCUUUUGUAGUUAAUUUGAUUUGCACUUAUUUCCUCAUCAAUUCAAUGUCCCAUAUGCCCAA